AUGGGAAUCCUGGACCUUCCCACAGAGCUGCUGGUCCUCAUCGUUGAGCUUACCCGACCCAGCGAUCUGGACAGUCUUGGUCUCUCAUGCAAGACCAUUGCCAAAGUGGGCAAGGAGACUCUUCGAAGACAUCGUUCAUACAAGCGUCAAUGGAAGCAUAUCGACCUUAACGACAGGCGGCAACAGGGUCGCGAACCACAAACAGCUCUGGCAUUAAUCCUUUCUAACAUUCAGGACCGGCGCAUCGCGGAAUACAUCGAAACCUUGGACCUGAGAUAUUACUCUGACGAGGUCGACGUAGAGUCAGGCAUCAAGUCCCUGCUGGCGGACAAGGGGAAUGAAGCUGCCCUCGAGAGACUGGUGACAGAUUCUCCAUACCCACUUUCUAAUCUCUGGUCGAGGGAGAGCUGGGAGGACGACAGGCACUCCCAAAACCCCUUUACACCUUGGACCUACGAGGAACUUACUACAGCCGUACUGCUCUCACUAUUACCGAAUGUACGGACUCUCAGACUGCCGGAUCAGUGGCACGAGACUCAGUAUAGCUCAGGUGGAAACAGCAAGUCUUCGGCGCUGCGCCGAGUCCUGGAUGCUAUCGUAUCUAUGGCCAACAAGUCUUCACAAGGCGAGGCUCCUCUAAGCAGUCUGGAGACUAUCUUGCCGUACAGUGAGACGCAAUACGACCCGCGGAAUGGCCUAUGCGAGGUGUUGCCAUUCAUGUCCCUGAAAAGCUUGCAGAACCUUCAUGUAUGCAACAUGGUAGGUGUCGAUGACGGCUAUACUGGUAUACCAUUUCUCUGGUACCAUGGGGACAUCGCCUCGUGCCUGCGCACGAUCCAGCUACCUGGUGGGUGUAUGGAUGCGGCCGGCGUUGCCGAGCUGGUGCGACAUACACCACAGCUGACAACUUUCGCCUACUCACAUCACACAAAAUGGCACGGCUGCCUACAUGACUGGGGUGCGGGAUCAUUCAUCGCUGCCAUUGGAGAGCAUCGGGGCGACACAAUCACAGAGUUGGCGAUCACGAUCGACCUUCUCUUCGGCAUGAUCGAGAACGGUGUGACGUCUUUGAAGGAGUUCAAACGACUGAACACUGUCGAGCUCGACGUACGUGUUUUUGCGGGCCCAUCGGUGGCCUCGGGGAAUCGGCAAGGCAUGGAAGGGGAAUUCACUGCGUGGGAGCCGUCGAGCGUGCCGAAUUUGCUUGAUAUCCUUCCUCCCACCAUCUGCACAAUCAACUUGUUUGUUUCCGAUGACGAAGGCGAGGUAGACGAGAAGCAAUGCGCCACUGUCUUGGGUAAAUUCCUCGGAGAAUUGUCCAAUGACUUCGGGCAUCCGGUCAAUUGCGUCGUACGCUCUAAUCGCAAAGGUGACGAGCUGCAAGAGAUCAGAGAUCUAGUCAGCAGCCGUGCGCUUGCCCGUUCUCUUCGCUGGAAUGAGCGAGUCGAGCAGAAGGACAAGCCGAUGUGGCAGGAACAGUUCAUUGAGCGCUAUGGGGAGAUAUUCAAAUGA